CGCCGCCGCCGCCGGGGAUGCUGCUGCAUCUGCUGCCUCUGGCUCACCCUCUUUCUCAUCGCCCUCGUCUUCCUCGCUGCCAUCGCCGCCGGCGUCCUCUACGUCCUUUACCGCCCCCAGCACCCCACCUUCUCCGUCUCCUCGCUCCGUCUUGCCGCCCUCAACCUCUCCGCCGCCGACCUCCUCACCUCCCGCCUCGAUCUCUCCGUCACCGCCCGCAACCCCAACAGGAAGCUCGUCUUCGUCUACGACGACGUCGCUAUCUCCGCCUCCUCCGGCGGGGUCACGAUAGGUGAGGGGACGAUCCCGGGCUUCGCACAGGGCACCGACAAUACCACGGUGCUCAAAACCACCGUGUCGAGCUCAGGGCGGAGCCUGGACCCGACGGAGGCGUCGGAUCUGAGAAAGAGGAAACGGUACCCCUUGGAGAUCGAGCUCGACACCAGGGCCGGGGUCAAGAUCGGAGGGUUCAAGUCGAAGCACCUCGGCAUCCGCGCUUCGUGCGACGGGAUUGAGGCGGUGGUCGCCAAGGGCAACGCCACCGCCACAACCACCGGGUCGGCCAAAUGCAAGGUGAAACUUCGAAUCAAGAUCUGGAACUGGACGAUCUAGAAACAAUUACUGGCUAUCCAGGUUAAAAGCAAGGAAAAUAAAUUAGAUUAGAAGGAAGGUAUCUAUAUUGAUUUUUUGCCCCCCUUCUCUCUCUAGUGGAGUACAGUAUUUUUUUCCCCCUUUGUAAACCUCCCUCUAUUUGAUUUGUCAGUUCCGAUGGCCUUCUUGGAUCUUAAUAUUUGUGUUCUUUGGUAUUUGGGGAUUGGAAUUCUUCGAUGAUCUAUGUUGACAA